AUGGCGGAAGACAACGGCGAGAGACAGGGUCUGCAUCAGUCGCUCCGGUCGCAGAUGGGCUACGGUACAGCGGUACUAUCAGCUGCUACAAGGAAAACAACACCCAGGACUAGAAAGUUCAUAUCUCGACACCUGCUUCGGACUGAUACGUUGAUGGGGAUCGCGCUCAAGUAUGGAGUUACUGUUCACGAUUUAAAGAAGGAGAAUAAAAUCUGGAACAAUGACCACUUAUUCCUAAGGGAGACAAUCCUCAUUCCCCUAACUUCAGAGAACGAGGCUGCGCUAGAUGAGAAUGACAUUAUCGUGGUGUUUGAUGGCAGCUCCUCCCACACUUCAUCUCCUUCUUCCUCAAACUCCCACCUUCCAAACGGAGAAGAUGCUGGAUCUUCCUCUUCAUCAACAGCACAGCCCAGUGAGGUUGCAGCUGCUUCUGGUGUCAAGGCAAGGUCAUUGUCAACACCCAGCGACUUCUUCAGCAAGUAUGACACCAGCAUUGCCCAGCUCAAGGGGGAUGUUGCCAAGAUGGAGCAGAGCACUAC